UCUGCACGAGUCGAUCGGAUGUCGUCGUCUUCGGGUACGGCGCGCGAAGGUUUCGUUCGGUGGGAAGACGAAGACGAGAGCGAAGGAGACGGGACGAGGGAGGCCUCUCCCUCCGCCGUGGGCUCGGUGUCACGGGCCAGCGGUCGUAAUGCGGCCCACACGCGCGCUCCACACUGGCGCGCAAAUCGCAUAAACACGCGCGCCGACGCAUACAACGGGGAACAGUGGGGGGGAGGGAAGGGACGGCGGGCGACGAAGCGGUCCUACCUCCUGCAGGGGACCGUGUCACGUGGCCCCCAGGCCGUGUACCAGCACGCAGCGCACAGGCUGUGCUCUCUCGUGAGCGGCGCACACAACACCAGUCAGAGACGAGCCGAGAGACCGGGCGCAGAUCGCACUCUCUCUCCCAGGAAGCGCGUGCUUUCUCCCUCCCUCUCUCUCUCUCUCCCCCUCUCUCUCUCUUUCUCUCUCUCUCUCUCUCUCUCUCCCUACCUCCCUCCCUCCCACUCUCUCCCCUUUUUGCCUCCCUCUCUCCGUCGCCGCCCGUGCACGUCGCCCGUUCUUUCUCUCGCUCUCUCCCUUUUUCCCCAUUUCUAUCGCGUGUCGUGCCGCGACACGACGCGCCGCGCCGCGCGACACCGCAUCGAACCACCGGCCGACCGAUCGAUCCAUCGAUCGAUCCGUCCAUCGAUAUCACGUAUCCCGCCCGUAGUGUCCACGUCCACCACCCCCGCCUCCGACCGACCGACCGUCCGCCAAACCGUUCGGGAAACGGCCGCGUUUGUUGCUCGCCUCGAGCCUUCGAGCCAACUCUUCUCCGCCACGUGCGCGCGACCCUCGGUGUGGUGCCUCGGUGUAUUUAUAGUGCGCGAACCCCCAACGGUCAACCCCGAACCGCCGCGCCGAUACACCCCCGUGGGUGGUGUUCGACCCGAGGAGGGAAGGGGAGUUUUUUUUCUUUUCCCACCUCUGAUAGAUAUAUGUGUAUUACGUACUCCGUGAUCGUGGAGGUGUUUCUCGUGGAGAAGUAAAGAAAUUUUCGAC